AGUAGGAUUCGUCAUUUCCCAAAGCGGCAGGCUUGAGCUCGGCUGACUGAGGUUUCAGAAACACAGCCGAACAUCACAUCAAAAGAUGAAAAUGUAGACAUAUAUCAGAAGAUGCGAAGCGGAGACAUAACACACCAUCAAUCGAUGACGAUGGAAGACGGACUGGUGUCCGAAGACGAUAUAUUGCUUUGUUCAGAAAAGGAGUUUCAUGAUGCUGCGAAGAGGAAUGACACUGUCAGAAUGCAGGAGCUGAUAAGAAGAGGGGUGGACAUCAAAGUCAAAAAUAAGAUGGACCGUAAGGCCCUGCACUGGGCUGCUGGAGCUGGCAGUGAACAGGCCCUGCGUCUACUGCUAGACCACGACAUGGAUGUGGAUGAAAUGGACAGCUUUGGUAUGAAUGCUCUGCUCUUGGCGGCGUGGUUUGGUCACCUGUCAAUCCUAAAGAUCCUUGUCUCAACCGGGGCAAAGCUCACCUCUGAAAACAAAAAUGGCUUGAAUCUUUUGCACUGUGCUGCCCAGAGGGGCCACAUCAGUAUUCUGGAGUAUAUCAUGGAAGAUCUGGAAAAUGUGCAGCUUAAUAAAGUCGACAAGUCAGGUAAGACGGCGUUUCAUUUAGCCACAGAGCAUGGACACCUGGAGGUGGUGGAGUUUCUCAUUGGUAUGGGCUGUGCUCAUGAUCUCAAGGACAAGGAGGAGAACACUGCACUGCAUUUGGCAGCUAAGCAAGGCCACAGCGACGUCCUACAGAAGAUUAUGGAGACCGGGGAGAACAUUGAUGAAAGAAACAUUGACGGCAUGACUGCUUUACAUUUGGCAGCUGAAGGGGGUCAUUAUGAGUGUAUCAGACUGUUGCUGGAGGCUGGCUGCAAUGUCAAUGAACUUACUCAUAGCAACAGAACGGCUCUUCAUCUGGUGGCCCAGCAUGGCUCUGGUAGAGAGGUCGGACUGCUGGUACAGGCUGGGAUCAGUCUGGAUUCAGUAGACACCCAACAUACUUCAGCUCUACACCUGGCAGUACUCAACAACUCCACAGGAAUAGUGAAGGAUCUUAUCAAUGCAGGAUGCGACCUGGACAUCUUUGACAAUCGGCUUCAAACUGCUUUGCACAUAGCAGCAGAACACGGAUGGCUGAACAUCGCUGAGAUGAUCCUGAUAUCUGGAGUCAACCUCAAUCUACUCGACAAGCAGAGGAAGACAUCACUUGAUGUUGCAGCACGAGGCAACCAUGUGAAUGUUGUUGACAUGAUUAUCAAAGCUGAUAGAUUUUACAAAUGGGAAAAGGAAAAUGUGACAAGUGACUCUGACUCUCUGGUGGGAACGAGUCUUACCUUUAAGCAAGACCAUCAACAGGAGACACAACAUAUCCGAUCCGUCCUAUGGAAACUUUCUUCAAAGUAUCUCAAACCAGGCGAGUGGAAAACACUGGCUCGGCACUGGAAGUUCUCUGAAGCACAUAUUCGAGCCAUAGAGCACCAGUGGACAGGUACAAAGAGCCACAAGGAGCACGGGCACAGAAUGCUGCUCAUCUGGCUGCACGGUGUGAUUACCGCUGGACAAAACCCUAUCAAAAGCUUGUACGAAGGUCUGAUUGGAAUCUCAAGGAUCGACCUGGCAGAAAGCAUGCGACAGCAGGCAAAUGCGGAUCCGUCUUCUGCUAAAAAAUGCACUGCAAUGUGAUGGGAGAUACAUUGAGAUCACUCUGGAUUGAGCGCAAACCAACCAGAAGAUUGCUUUUGAAACACAGAGAACUGAGGAAGCACAAAUACUACCUAAAAUACAACCUCAGUGAUGUGACUUAGAAGAAAACAUUGCCUGUUCACAACAAGAGCAAACAUUCACAGCAAACCAGACUUUGGAUUGAAACUAUACGUUUCUGUGGAUCCAGAUCCGUUAUUUUAGGAGAACAGGUAGAUAUUGUUUCUUUUCUUUGUCGAAAAAUUCACAAAGCAAUAACAUGUCAACUUUUUGGUCAUGCUGAAAGAAUUUUUUAUGAAUUUCAGAAGAAUUUCUGAUUCAUUCUUUAUGUCUUUCUGUCCUUUAUUUAUUUGUAGAUGCAGUUCCCCUUCGUCAGCUCACUAUGACGUACGUCAGAAGUGAUUCUGACAAAUGGGGAUCUCGCUCGAGAGCCUAUCUACUUCG